AUGGCCCGGACGAAGAUUCACCUAGUGAGUGUCGCGCGCGAAGCCCUGGCUUCGGGUGUCUCGGCCACGGCCGAGAACUUUCGGCUCUGCGUCCCCAAGUUCUCGAAGUGGCUGAAGUCUUCGGAAGGAAAGCGUUUCGAAGCGAGAGGGAAAGGCUACGACGAUGGCGUGUACCUGACCUCCGCGCUCUUGCGCAAGUUCCUUCCGCGUGGAUAUACCCACUUCUGCUUCUCCAAAGACGGUGAGGAGGUGAACGUGGUGUUGCGCGGCUUCUUCAAAUUCACAGGCCUGACGGUCGCCGAUGAGGACGAGGAGUCCAACGUGACGGCGGAAGCGCACUCCUUCCUCUUCCACGGGUACAACAUGGAGGAUGCUCAGCGUUUCUGUGUCACCACCAAGAGCAACGGCGAGAACGGCAAGUACACUUUUCGGAAGAUCUUCGGAGACUGGUAUGCCUUCGCCGGGUCGAAGAACACGGGCAACACCUGGAAGUUGGGUGCAGAUGUCAGCAGCCUGUAUCCGAUUCCCGACUUGGACCCGAUCGCAGGGGUCGGCCCGAGGAUCAUCUCCUACGUGGACCGCACCGUCUCCGAAAUGCCGGACGCAGCGCGCGAGUCGUUCCUGGAGAUGGUCAACCAAAGCCAGGUGACCGUGAUGGUAGAGCAGAACGAGGAAAGGCACGAGCACAUCUUCCCCAUUCAGAAAUCCUGGGUGGAUCACGUGGCCAUCCUCACGUCCGAGGGCUUUCCUUGGUCGCAGCACGAAGCUUUCGAGGUCUUCGACAGAUAUGGGCUGCGGCGAGUGGCUCUGGAGAUCUGCACGGACAUGUCGAAGCUUAGCUCUUCCAUGGACGAUAUCCGAAACAGCACCGACACCGAAGGUGCCGUUCUUUACCUGGAGCGUCUGGACGGAGUUGCAGUUGGCUUGAUCAAGGUCAAGAGUGACCACUAUGUCAUUGCGAGGCGCACUCGCGAGAUCCUCCGCGGCUUGGUCAAGGCCAGCGAAGGCCGGAAGCCGCUGGAGCUGGAGCUGGAGAAGACGAAGGGGAAGCUGCGGGAAGGCAUGAAGACGCUGACGCACGUGGCUGGCUGUGCAGAGCAUCACCAAGAGUGGUCGAAGCGCGCGGAGGACUUCGCUUCCAGCUGGGUGGGCACCUUCCAAGCCUCGGACGAUGUCACACGACGGGCCCUUGUCACCGAGUUUCACAUGAAGUUCGGCUCGUUGUACCACCGCUUUCUGGCCUCCCAGAAGGUUCUGCCGCUGAGUGAUUUCAGCCUCGAGGUGGCGCGGGCCGCCGCACCUCGGCGUGGGGGCCCCCUUCCCAGCGAGGAGGAUCCCGACUCCCCCCAGCACGGGCCGUCAGACGGGGAGUCCGCGGGCGAGGGCAAAGGCCAGGGCAAAGGCAAGGGCAAGGGCAAGGGCAAGAGCAAGGGUAAGAGUUGGUGGAGGCGCCCACGGCGGAGUUAG